AGCUCAUACAAAGCUCUUGCCCCAAAGACACGGGCCAUAAUCGGUGUCGCACUCAUGGUCAACGCAUCGGCAAUGCUCUUGUUCUCCGACAAAAUCGAAGCUGCCUUGGGAUUAACUCCCCCUCCCGAGGAUGAGAUAAAGCUCUUCAAGGUGUAUGGUGUUGAGCGCGCGAGCAAGGGCUGA